AUGGUCUGAGAUAAUUCAAUUUCAAACACUGCAACAAUCUUUGAACAGCUUUACUUGUUUCUAAUUAUAUCAUACACUAUCCCUUCUCUCAAGAGGUCUACUAUUUAUCUGUGUUUUGUAAAUUCGUGCUUUUAUUAUUAUUAUUCCCUCCGGCUUCUUCCACAAUGAAGCUAAUCCAGAACCUAAAUUUACAAACAAACCCAUCAAUCCACCCCGUAAUUAAGCAUGUCCCUUUUUCAUCAAUUCCCCAACGCUUCACACCUCUCCUUCAAAACUACAGAUUCCAAAGCAUUAUUAUAAAAGCUGCCAACGAAACACUUCCGUUACCAACCAUGUCUGAAAUACUAGAAUCAUCAAGAACACAGAAUCUCAACAUUCAGCUCCAAACUCUAGGACCCUUUUUCAGAAUCACAGCAAGGAGUUUGGUUACAGACAGAGAGCUUGGAAGAGCUGAGGGAUUGAUAAGACUGUGGUUUGGAAAAGGCAAUAUUCUUCACUUGGAUUCUAUUAAACUUCGCAGAGAAACACUUGGCAUGGAAAAAUCAAUAUUUGGACUUGGUUUGUAUAUUGGAGCUGUUGCUAUUAGACAUGGUUUUGAUUGUGAUUGUGAAACUGCCGAGUUACUUGCUAUCAAUGAUUCUCAUCUCUACCAUUCUAAGUUGGUUAGGUUCUACACAAGACUUGGGUUUAAACCUGUGUACGAAGUGACUGGCUCAUCUGUUGGGGAUGUAACCCACAUGCUUGUUUGGGGAGGUGUUGGUACUCGCAUGGAUGCCACUGUUGAACAACUUAUGAUCAAAUGGUGUAAAAGAUUUAAAACAACCUCCUCAGGUGUACGUGAAAUACCAAACUAGAAUGCAUGAACACCCAAAAUUACAAGUUACAACGAUCAAUGAAAAAGGACUAUUAUUGCUGUAUAGUUGUAUAUUCUUUCAUUUUUCGGUUGCUGAACGGCGCAUAUAUAUAUUUACAGAUUCUGUGGCCAAACAGAAGGAAAUUGCUCAAGAUUCUGAAGGUAACUACGGUUUCCUAAUUAAGGAAUUGUUACAACAGUUGUCAUUCCUUCAGAAGCUAGUUUAAUAAUUUUCCUUGUGGAAAACAAAUCUAGUUGUAGUUUUUGUGGAAAAUUUGGUGCACAAAUUCUUCAAUUCUGUUGCUAAGUUAGAUGGUCCACAAUAAAAAACUCCUGUACAACAAAAUCCAAAUUUUAGUCAGAACUUAGACGAAGCAAUUUAACCUCACGUUUAUAGUUAUACAUAUAAAAAACAGGGAUGAAGCUUUAACUUGUAAA